UUGAGACCGGUGGAGCCGUAAAGGUUCUUUUGGAUCAUGUGACUGAAACGUAUGACGCAAAGUUCAGGAAGUGGAGUGCAGAGCAGACCGUCAAGACAGAACUAAGGUUUUAGGGAGAACCCCAAUGUGUCAGCUAUGGCCUACCAGUAUGGAAAAGUGCAGGACCCAAAUGUGCUUACUCAGACGAUAAUCUCCAACAUCCAGAAGAUUACACAACAAACAUCUGAAAUACAGAGAAUUGUAAAUCAGUUGGGUACACCGCAAGACACCAAUGAACUCAGACAGCAACUGCUGCAGAAACAGCAGAAUGUCAACCACCUUGCUAAAGAAACAGACCGAUGUGUGAAGGAAUUUGGAUCUUUGCCUGUCACAACUGAACAGCGCCAGAGAAAGAUCCAGAAAGAUCGAUUAAUCAAUGACUUCUCCAAUGCACUGGCCAAUUUCCAAAAGACCCAGAGGCAGGCUGCUCAAAAAGAGAAGGAGUUUGUUGCCAGAGUCCGUGCAGAGUCCAGAGCAUCGGGUGGUUUUCCAGACAGCUUUGAAGGAAAUGGAAGCCCCUUUGAAAGUGAGGGGCAGGCUCAGGUCCAGUCCCAGGAGGCGGCCAUCACUGAUGAAGACCUUCAGCUCAUCCAGGAGAGAGAGACUUCCAUCAGACGGCUUGAGUCUGAUAUUACAGAUAUAAAUGAAAUAUUUAAGGACUUGGCCAUGAUGGUCCAUGAGCAAGGUGAUAUGAUCGACAGUAUAGAAGCCAAUGUUGAAACCGCUGACAUUCAUGUUCAGAAUGCCACCCAGCAGUUAGCACAGGCUGCAGACUAUCAGCGCAAAUCACGGAAGAAGAUCUGUAUUCUUGUUGUCGUUCUGGUCAUACUCGCUGUUAUCAUUGGUUUAAUCAUCUGGGGAUCAGUCAAAGGAUGAUAAUGCUUUUUACAUGUUUUGCUUUUUGGUCUUGCCAAUUUAAUCAUUCUUUAGGACUGAGUUUGAGUUACAAAUCUAAAAACCAUUGCUUGAAAAAUUACACUAUAUUUUAACAUUGAAAUUGAUUACCUUAUAAGGGAAAAUCUUGCCAAUGUGCCAUUGUUGGCUGCCAUUUGCCAAAAUAAUCAGUCAUUAAUACAUUUAUAAUGUAAAUCUCCUGUAGUAUAUAAUAUAAAGAUGAUGAUGUUAAGAUUCUAUGAUUGCCUCAUACUGUAUGCUAUCUGAAGAAACACAAAUAUAUAUAUAGAGCGAUAUAACUGUUCAGCCUCUUCUACCUUGGGCCCAUUAUUUUUAUUCAACCUAUUGCUGAAAUCCUGAUACUGGAACCCUGUUUUCAUUGCUUGUUAAUUAUUAUGUACUGUAACCUAAUGUCUGUACUAUAGAUAGAAAAAGUAGCAAAAUGGAACCAUAUAUAUCACUUUCAUUGUCAGUUGUCUCAAAGGAUUGUUCCCAUUCUUCACUUCAAGACUAUUUUCUGUUAAGCAAUUUUAUAAAUGUUUAUUUAACCGUAAAUAUAUUCUAACUGUACUAUUAAAUACACAUGUUAAGGGGCAAUGGUGAAUGUUUAGGCUGCCUCACAAAUGGAAUCAUUUUUCAUAUUUUUUUUUUUUUUUUACAUCUCUUUCCGUUUUCACUUUCCCCAAUAAAAUGCUAUGCAACACUU